UUUAGCACUUCAAUGUCUGGAUCAAAAAUAAUAGUAAAAAAAUCCAACCAAAAUAAUCAAAAUUCCAGUUUUUAUAUGGGUUUUAUCAUAAAAUGAGCUAGCUUAAACGUUUUACUCUACCGAUAACCCAUAGCCGCAAUGAAUUGCCUCCAAAAUCUAAGGAAUGGUAUUUUAGUAUCAAGAAGAUCCAUUCAAUCUCAUAUCGAUUCACAAGCUAAACGUUUCCGCAGGAAACAAACACCGUGUGAUGUUUGUUACCAACCACCAGACAACAAACCGUGCUUCAACAUAAACGAGGUGAGCAUCGAGCAUGGUUACCAGUGCCACGCGAAGCUGAUCCGCUCCUUCCUCUUCACUCACUACUGGCCGCGGGAGCCCAGCGUGGUGGGGCUCUGGAUGUGCCUCAACAGCCCCUACCUGGAGACUCUUACUGACAAGUAUUCCAAUACAGGUGAUAGACUCCUAGCCUUUGAGUUCAUCCAGCGCACGAAAGAGAAGAAGUUAGUUGGAGUCUGUGUGGCCAACAAGACGUUCCCAUGGAUGGUGGACGAGUACCAGGACUGGGCGCAUUACACCAUAUGCAAUGCCGAGCGAAACCGCAUGUAUUUCAUGGCGCAUUGCUUGCAGAGUCCCAACCUGUUUCAGAAGUAUAACGUGAACUAUCUAUAUGAUAUUGAGGUUCUGGGAACAUCUUCGGAGGUGAUGGGGCAGGGUGUUGGUGCACUGUUGCUGCGCACCGCACUGGAGCAUGCUGAGGAAUUGAGACAUCCACUCGCGCAUGUCAUCUCUGUUAACCAUUACGCCUCUAAAAUUUGCGAGAAGUGUGGCAUGAAACGCGAAUGGUCGAUGGACUACUCGGACUUCGUAGAUGACUCUGGGCAACGGGUUUUCUUCCCACGUCGGCCGCACCUCACCGUUGACGUCUACACCAAGCACUUCGACCCCGCACGCGGCGGCCGCGAGCCUUGCAGACCCCUGCCUGUAUGAUAUACUCCAUCAUCAACAUUAUCAACCGAUAGACGUCCAGCGCUGGACAUGGCUCUCUUGUAGGGACUUCCAUACGUCACGUUCUUGCGUUGCCUGAAUCCAGUGACUCCCUGUGACUAACUUGAUGUCUACUGUUCACCUAGUGGGGGGUAGGUAUUCCAACACUGCGAGAUCGCCAUUCCAGAGCCUUGAGACUCUAACUUCUGUCAGUUUUUCGAACUGUGUGCCCUGCCCAUUGACACUUCAGCUUCGCAACCUGUUGAGCUAUGACGGCUACUCUGGUUCUCAUACAGAUCUCCUCAUUUCUAAUUGAUCACAUAGAAAUUAUAGAAAUUAAUUAGAAAUAAACGAGAAUGUACAAAAUAAGAGAAAUUAUGUUGAAUAUGAAAUAAAUGUUUUUG